CCACCAGACACAGCAACCAGAAACCAGCCACCAGACACCAGAAACGUCACUGAGCCACGAUGUCAUUAACAUUUCUUUAUUAUGCUUUUCAGAAGGUUGUCGGAUCGCUCCAAACAGGAAGAAACUCUGAGGUUUGUCCAGGAUGUUGAAGAUAGUGGACUAAGAGCCUACAACGGGCUGGUCUCCCAGAACCUGGAUGUUGAAGAUAGUGGACUAAGAGCCUACAACGGGCUGGUCUCCCAGAACCUGGAUGUUGAAGAUAGUGGACUAGGAACCUACAACGGACUGGUCUCCCAGAACCUGGAUGUUGAAGAUAGUGGACUAGGAACCUACAACGGGCUGGUCUCCCAGAACCUGGAUGUUGAAGAUAGUGGACUAGGAACCUACAACGGGCUGGUCUCUCAGAACCUGGACCACGGCAGGAAUGAGAGGAACAGGAUUUACCUACAGGAGAAAAAGGACAAGAAGAGAAAACAGGAAGAAGCCAUAAAAAGGACAGGCGAAGAGGUGGUGACCGAGGAGAAGCACCUGCAUAUGGGCUCCAUGACCAUGCCAGCCCCCCCGCAGCUUGCUUGCGGGCCGGGCUUUGCCGUGCGCUCCCAGUCACUACACUCGGUGGGCGGGGGCAGUAACGGUGGUGGGGAGGAGGAGGUGGGCAGCCCUACCUCCCGUAAGCAGCCCCCACCCAAACCCAGGAGGGACCCGGCUACCAAGCUGAGCAUUUCCUCUGAGACAGUGGAACACAGCCCCACCUUGGUCUGCAGGGGCUGCAGGGCAAAUCCGGAUAUAUGUAGUGCGCCACAAGGCUGCGGAGAAGACUGCAAGAGGGUCCCUCCGCCCAAACCCAGGAGGAACCCCAAAACCCAGCUGAGCACCUCCUUCGAUGAUUCCUGCAUCAGGAAGCACAUUGGCUCCAAGAGUCACUCCCCCUCUGCCGAGUGCGAGCGCAACCCCUCUCCGCAGAGCGACGAGAGCCCCAGCCACCACUCCGACUCGGAUGAGCCUGUCUACAUCGAGAUGGGCGCCAGUGUUGGGGGCGGCGGGCACACAGUGGCGCCCAAGAGUGAGGACGAGGAGCCGGGAGAGUCUGUGUACGAGGAGAUGAAGUACCCUCUCCUGGAUGAUAUGGACUACUGCUGGGACCCCCCGGGGUGCCGCUCCGCCUGCCCCACCCCGGCGCUCCUGGACCCAGAGCCUCUCCACCGCUGCCCCACCCCGCGUAACAUCCCCCUAUGCGACAUCCCUGCGCCGUUUCCCAACCUGCUCACCCACCGGCCGCCCCUCCUGGUGUUCCCCCCUGCGCCGGCCCAGUGCUCGCCAAACUCGGACGAGUCCCCGCUCACCCCUCUGGAUCCACUGACGAAGCUGCCCAUGAUGGACAACCCCUGCGCCUACAACAAGUCGCCCACCUCCUCUUCUGAGCCCCCCUUGGCGCACCUCUGCAGGGAGCUGACAGCCACGCCCACCCUGACAGUGUCGGGUCGCUCGUCAGCUCCGCCCCUGCCCUGCACCCUCUACAAGUCCUCAGCCUCCUCAGCCCACGGUUAUCAGCGCAGCCACUCAGCCUGCCCCUCCCCCGUCAGCAUGGGCCGCUGCAUCACGCCGCUUAGCCUGAUGCGCACACCGCCCUUCGACGCCCCCAUGCCCCUCCCGGACGGGUUGCCGUGCAGCGCCUCCACCACGCCCCAUGGAAAGGGCUCGCCCCCACAGGACUGCAUAGCUGGGGGCAGGCUGCAUGGGUCGAUGCAGAACGUAUCCACGGGACGCUCACGCACACCGACCAGCCCCCUGGACGAGCUGACCAACCUGUUCACCGCUGGCCGGAACAUGAUGAAGAAGAACACCGGCGGGAGAAAGUCCAAGGAGCCCGGGGAGACCGAAUCCAAGAGUAAGUCUCACAGCGUGUCAAAACGUGAUGGCAAGGAGCGGCACAGUCACAAGGAGUCCAAACGGGAGAGUAAGGAUCGUAGCAAAGAGUAUUCUUCUCACCUACGCAACACCAAGGACAGGAGCUGUAGCAGCGUGGAGCUGCUGCCCAGGCGAUAUAGCAAAGACCGGGGUUGUAACAGUGUGGAGCCCUUGCCUAUGAAAGGGACCAGCAGAGACCGGGGUUGUAACAGUGUGGAGCCCUUGCCUAUGAAAGGGACCAGCAGAGACCGGGGUUGUAACAGUGUGGAGCCCUUGCCUAUGAAACGGGACAGCAGAGACCGGGGUUGUAACAGUGUGGAGCCCUUGCCUAUGAAAGGGACCAGCAGAGACCGGGGUUGUAACAGUGUGGAGCCCUUGCCUAUGAAAAUGGACAGUAAAGGCAGGGGUUGUAAAAGUGUGGAACUCCCGCCUGUCAGACGGGACAGUAAAGACAGAAGUGUCCACGGCAUGGAGCCGUUACUACAACUGAACAGGAAAGACUCUCCCCGGAAUGGUGUGGAGUCCAGACACGACAGCAAAGACUCUCCCCGGAAUGGUGUGGAGUCCAGACACGACAGCAAAGACUCUCCCCGGAAUGGUGUGGAGUCCAGACACGACAGCAAAGACUCUCCCCAGAAUGGUGUGGAGUCCAGACACGACAGCAAAGACUCUCCCCGGAAUGGUGUGGAUUCCAGACACGACAGCAAAGACUCUCUCCGGAACGGUGUGGAGUCCAGACACGACAGCAAAGACUCUCCCCGGAAUGGUGUGGAUUCCAGACACGACAGCAAAGACUCUCCCCGGAAUGGUGUGGAGUCCAGACACAACAGCAAAGACUCUCCCCGGAAUGGUGUGGAGUCCAGACACGACAGCAAACACUCUCCCUGGAAUGGUGUGGAGUCCAGACACGACAGCAAAGACUCUCCCCGGAAUGGUGUGGAGUCCAGACACGACAGCAAACACUCUCCCUGGAAUGGUGUGGAGUCCAGACACGACAGCAAAGAAAGGCUCAGCCACCAGAACCCACCGGAACUUCUACCCAGGCAAGAUAGCAAAGACCAAAACAGGAACGGAAUUGAUUCGAGACAUGACUGCAAAGUACGAAUGAAUCAGCCACCAGAGCUCCUACCAAGACAAGAUAGCAAAGACCGAACCAGGAAUGGAACGGAUUCGAGACAUGAAAGCAAAGAACAAAUGAACCAGCCACCAGAGCUUCUACCCAGGGAAGAUAGCAAAGACCAAGUCAGGAACGGAAUGGAUUCGAGACACGACAGCAAAGAACGAAUGGACCAGCCACCAGAGCUCCUACCCAGACAAAAAAGCAAAGAUUCACCCAGAAAUGGCAUUGAGUGCAGACGUAAUAGCAAAGACAGAGACAGGGAAAGCUACAGCCUAGAGUCUAGACAUGAGGGCAAAGAACAAAGUUACAAUGGAAUGGAGCCCUUCCCCUUACCCCGACAGGAAAUCAAAGAGUCAGACAGAAACGGCCUUGAAGCCAGGCGUGACAGCAAGGACAGAAGCUGCAAUGGCUCAGAGCUGCCCCCCCGGCGCGAUAGCUACGGCAAGAGUGCCAAUGUGGUAGAUCUUAGGUGCGUCAAUAAAGACCAGGUUGGCCAUAGCUCAGAGGUUUUGCCCAGGCGUGAUGUCAGAGAUAGGGGGACCUAUAGCGUUGAGCAAUCAAAAGCACAAGCGAGGAACGGUGUAUCAGGGCAACAACAAUCAUCGACUGCCACACCAACUCGGCAUGGGAGACCUGCUGGCAGUCCGCCAAUGGUGUUUGGAAGUGGCAAUACAGAGCUGAAACCAGCACUUACGAAGUAUGGCCACUCCUCCUCUGCCCCAGUUACACCCUCUCCCUUAGGGACCCCACAGAGGCAAGCAUCAGAGGCACAGAUGCCGUGGAAGUGUGGGGACAGCACCAUGCUGGAGCAGAUCGAGAGGAAACGCUCCCUGUGCAUGGAGAUCCGCUCCAGGCCGCAGCCAGACAGGAACACCCCGGACAGGAACCUCUGUAAGCAGGACAGCAUGCCUACCCUCCCCAUCUGGGGGAAGAGCAACGGGGACAAAAAGAUCCGGCCACCCCCCUACCCAACACAAACCACUGUGUUCUGGGACACAGCCAUCUGACAAUAACCCGCUUGGCCUCACGCCCAUCCUCCUUCUGAACUCUGUGCCUUCUGAUUGGCCCUCUCCACAUCAGAGGUGUCAGGGGCAGCCAA